AUGAGUGACAUCAUUGCACUUGGCACAGACGGAGCGUCAUUGAUGACAGGUAGGAAAUUUGGAGUGGCCAAAUUCCUGCAGGACGAUAGUCCCCAUGUUGUAAAUAUUCAUUGUGUGGCACACAGACUAAACUUGUGCACAUCAAAGGCAGCUGACGAAGUGGAGUAUGUUGGGAAAGUGUUUCAGAAAACUCUUACAGACUUAUUUUAUUAUUUUAAGAAAUCAGCAUGCAGAGUUGCAGAACUUGCCGAGGUACAGAAAUUAUUAGAUGACCCCCAAAUAAAAGUAAAGGAAGUCCACGAGAUCAGGUGGUUUGCUAUGUACAAUGCACUUUUCACUGUGUACAAGACAUGGAGGUCUUUACUGAGAUAUGUCAAAAAGAUUGACAAGAGGAGCUCAAAGGAAGAGGAACAACUAGCCAACUUCACAGAUUACAAGUUCAUUUUCAAGCUCCAUGUGAUGAUGGAUGUGAUCCCCAGGUUUACUGAAUUGAAUUUGGUAUUCCAAAAAGUAGAUCUUGAUGUUUCAUGUGUGCAGCCUGCAGUUGAGGGAUGUCUGUCUUGUUUGAAAUGUGCACUCAGUGGCAAAAGCCACUAUCAGCCACUGCUCAAAGAUAAAAUGAUUCUUAAAAAAGAAAAUGACAAUGUGAUAGCUAAGUACUGGGGAGAGAAGUUACAUAAUUACCAAGCAAAGAAAUCAGAGGAAAUCAGGGACAAAUUUUUGAAUGCUCUUCAAGACAGAGUUGAAAAGAGGUUUCCUAAAGAAUCAGUCAGUGUCUCUACUGCUUUUAGUGUCAUGGGACUAAGGAGUAUAAGCAUGCUGUCUGAAGAGGAUCUUGUCAACUAUGGAAAGGAGGAAAUGGAAAUUCUGACUAACUUUUAUGGUUCUGAUCGGACAGGGAAUGGAGAAUAUCUUAGCAAGGCCAAAAUUGACCAAAUUGGAACUCGGUGUGAGUGGGGCAUUUUGAAGAGAGUUGUUCUGAAGGAAAGGUAUGCAAGGGACAAUUUCAGUAAACUUUGGACUGAGAUAUGUGCACAUCACAAGUCCAUGUUUCCCAACCUCCUGACCCUAGCUAGGCUUGCUCUUGUAGUGCCCUUGCAAACAGUUGAUUGUGAACUGGGCUUCAGCUGCCAGAACAACAUCCACAACCCUGCAAGAAACAGACUGUGUGCUGAGAGGCUGAACACACUGAUGUUGAUAAAACUAGAGGGCAAGGAGGUAGAUGAGUUUGACUAUGUGCGAGCAUUGGAGAAGUGGAAGAAGAAAGUGGACAGGAGAAUCUUCAAAGCUUAG